AUGGAUGCGUUUGCCGAGGAGCUCCACGCCAGGGUGCGUAGGGAGCUGUGGGGCUACAGCGUGGAGGAGAACCUCCCGACAGAGGACAUGCACAGGAUCCGUUACGAGGGCAUCAGGCCGGCCGCAGGAUACCCCUCCCAGCCCGACCACACUGAGAAGACCGCCAUGUGGACGCUGGGCGAGGUAGAGGAGAAGACUGGUAUCAAGUUGACUGAGUCUCUGGCCAUGACCCCAGCAGCUGCUGUCUCUGGGCUGUACUUCUCUCACCCUAAAGCGACCUACUUCGCAGUGGGAAAGAUCACCAGAGAACAGGUGGAGGACUAUGCUGGGAGGAAAGAGAUGCCAGUGUCUGAGGUGGAACGCUGGCUGGGGCCAAUCCUGGGCUACGACACUGAUUAACAGUGAUACUUCAACCAAUCCUGGGCUACGACACUGAUUAACAGUGAUACUUCAACCAAUCCUGGGCUACGACACUGAUUAACAGUGAUACUUCAACCAAUCCUGAGCUACGACACUGACUGACAGUGAUACUUCAACCAAUCCUGAGCAACGACACUGAAUGACAGUGAUACUUCAACCAAUCCUGAGCUACGACACUGACUGACAGUGAUACUUCAACCAAUCCUGAGCAACGACACUGACUGACAGUGAUACUUCAACCAAUCCUGAGCUACGACACUGACUGACAGUGAUACUUCAACCAAUCCUGAGCAACGACACUAAUGCAUCCACAACCACUACCUAGAAAGAGGCGCUGCUCAAUGGUCAGGUCUAGAUGGGAUACAGCUUUUGUCAAAUUGACGUCAAAAGUUGACAAAUUCUAACCCUUUUCCCAACCUUAACCCAAUUCUCCCUAACCUGCUAUGUUAAUUCUCCCUAACCUGCUACGUUAAUUCUCCCUAACCUGCUACGUUAAUUCUCCCUAACCUGCUACGUUAAUUCUCCCUAACCUGCUACGUAAGUUCUCCCUAACCUGCUACGUUAAUUCACCUAACCUGCUACGUUAAUUCUCCUAACCUGCUACGUUAGUUCUCCCAACCUUAACCCAAUUCUCCCUAACCUGCUACGUUAAUUCUCCCUAACCUGCUACGUUAAUUUUCCUAACCUGCUACUUUAAUUCUCCUUAACCUGCUACGUUAAUUCUCCCUAACCUGCUACGUUAAUUCUCCCUAACCUGCUACGUUAAUUCUCCCUAACCUGCUACGUUAGUUCUCCCUAACCUGCUACGUUAAUUCUCCCAACCUGCUACUUUAAUUCUCCUUAACCUGCUACGUUAAUUCUCCUUAACCUGCUACGUUAAUUCUCCCAAACCUGCUACGUUAAUUCUCCCAAACCUGCUACGUUAAUUCUCCCUAACCUGCUACGUUAAUU